ACUUUUCCAUUCCGUGCAAGGCCGAAGGGCGUCAAGGGAGUUGUAGUCUCAAGUUCCUCUGAUUGAUGCCUAUGCCCCCCGUCUAACCCAGCACGCAUCAGGAAGGGCAUAGAGAGCGUUCCCCAAGAUGGCGGCUGUUUGUCUUCGCUUUCAGGGCCUUGUUUCUGCCACUGUGAAUCGAACUGCAGGCUUUAUUCUGCCUUUCAAAACUCCAACCAGAUCCAUCCACAAAAGCCACAGGGUGUGGGGAGAAGUGCAGACAAAGUCACAGCCUGGUGGACAGGUCUAUGAAGAUGUAGAAUAUAUUCCCACAAAGAAAGCCAAGAACCCCAUGAAGACAGUUGGUAUUGCUUGGGCCAUUGGUUUUCCUUCUGGUAUCAUCCUUUUCCUGCUCACCAAGAGAGAAGUAGACAAGAACCGUCUGAAACAGCUGAAAGUUCGACAGAAAAUGAAAGCUUCCAAUGAAGGAGUGUAUGAACGUGAACGGUACAAAGCAUCAUCAUUAGUAACAGAGGGACUCACAGGAACAAAGACUUAAGCUUGGGGUGCUACGUUUGCAAGAUCCUGAACUGUGUCUACAAUAUUAUUGGCUUAACCUCAAAUCAAGUGCCCAUGUGAAUUCUCUGGACUUACCUGGGAGUAUAAUACAGUCCUGUUCAACAUGUAUAUAUUACCUUUUAGGAGCUAAACAGAGUUGAUCAAUAAAUUUUCCACAACCAGUUAUCUUCAGUAUUGAAUGUGUUUAACUGAUAGCAUGUUAAACUAAAAACUUAUCUAAUCCAAUGUUAGGGCAAUAAGACAAAUUUACAGGUGCAAAAUGACAUAAAUAUCAUUGUGUUGUCGAAGGCUUUCAUGGCUGUGAUCACAGGGUUGUUGUAUGUCUUUCGGGCUGUGUGGCCAUGUUCCAGAAGUAUUCUCUCUUGACGUUUCGUCCACAGCCUCUGAGGAUGCCUGCCGUAGAUGUGGGCGAAACGUCAGAAGAGAAUACUUCUGGAACACGGCCACACAGCCUGAAAGACAUACAACAACCAUAAAUAUCAUUGAAUACUGAGGACUCAGUAAAAGCCCCUCACUAUAUCUUCUCAAUAUGUAAUAAACAAGAUUGUGAGCAACGUAUUUUAGAAAUAAUUGUCUUAGAUUCCUAAUUACUUCAUUGGGUAGUUACCAAGUCUUGCACCAUUUCCUUUUGCCAAAUUACUAUAAACCUGGUCCAUUACAUGCUUUAAAAAUAAUAAAGGUGGAUUUUUUGCAUAUGCUUGAUAGGAAAUGCAAAUAGGUUUAUUCUCUAUGGAUUCAACUUUGUGCUAAUCAACAUUUCCCAUUACCCAAUAAAGUUCUUUAUGUUAAAUCCA